CAUCUUAAAAAGUAAGAAAAAAACUUGCUCUUCUUCUUCAACUCUUUCUCUCUCGCCGUCGUCGGAGUCGUAGAAAAUGAGUGAGAAAUCGAGAGAAUCUGACGCUGGAGAUACUGAGGAGCCAUGGAACCUGGCUGAUUACGAGAUCGGGAGACCACUUGUCAAAGGAAAGUUUGGCAGAGACUAUCUCGCUCGAAAAGCUAAGUUGAAUACUGGCUCCAAUGAUGCAAUCAGCUGGCUCCCUCAUGAGGUUCUGGGCGACAUCUUGUCAAGAGUUCCGACCAAACUGGCUGCUUCAACAUCUGUGCUCUCGAGAAAGUGGAGGGAUGUGUUCGCAUUGAGGGAUAGUCUCGAUUUUGAUGAUUCUGCAUCUCUGAAACGGAAUAAAGAGGGUAAACUAGAGAGGGAUGUGAUCCUCCGGGAGUGCUUCAGGAACUUUGUCGAUAGAACACUCGCUUUGCAAUUGCAAUGCGCUUCUCUUAUCACGAGAUUCUCUCUAAGAUAUCACGUUCGUGACGACUCUGAGAUGGAUCAUGUGGUCCGCUGGGUAUGUAAUGUCUUAGAGCGUGGCGUAGUGGACCUGCACGUUAGUUUAGCUCCUCACGAUGAAAUCUUUUUACCUCCUGCGCUCUACACGAGCAAGACGCUCGUUAAGCUUUCACUGGGAACCAAGAUUAGUUUAGGAAAGCUUCCUCCAGAUUUGUCUCUUCCAGCGCUUAAGACUCUCUUCAUCGAUGCUAUCUUUUUUGAAUAUGAAGAUCUGUGUUACGUGCUUCUUCCUGGUUGUCCCGUGCUCGAGGAGCUUUUUGUACGUCACAAUGACUUUUACGCACAACCAUACUGCAUAUCCAGUCGGACCAUCCAUAAACUAACAGUUCAAUACGAUUCUAACUUUGAUAUUGGCUCUUUGACGAUCUCAUUUGAUGCCCCAAGUCUUGUCUUCCUGGACUACUCCGAUUAUGCCCUGUCUGGCUAUCCACAAGUUAACUUGAAGUCCCUAGUCGAAGCUAGGCUAGACCUUCGUUAUCAUUCUAAAGAGAUCAAGAGGCCAAAUAUAUGGGGUCUCUUUACAGGGAUAAGCCACAUUAAGACCCUGCAUCUUUCUGCCAAUUCUGCUGAUGUGAUCUCUCGAUGUGUUAAACAUGGACUAAUACUACCGGUGUUUAACAAUCUGGUAAGCUUGACUUUUGGGAGUAAGAAUAAACGAGGUUGGAGACUACUGCCGCAGCUGCUUAAGCAGUGUCCUAUGCUUGAAACUCUAACCAUCCAGGGUCUGGAUGGUCAUAUAUCUGAUGUGACUAUGCCUGCAUCCCAAGUGAAAGUGUUGUUAGGGAGGCACACUGCUAAAGACUUGGAGCACUUGAAGAGUUUUCUUUGGGAGGCACUGCUAAAGAGUUAGAUGUUUUUUUUUGUUAUCCCACAACAUAAACCUAUCCUAUUUUUAUUUGCGUUAGGUUGUUGUUAGCCGGAAACACACACAAUAUAAAACACCUUCGAUCUGUUUAUUAAAAUAGCCACCCCACUCAUUCAUCAUUCA